GCACAUCAUUUUCAGCAUUUGUUUACAAAAUGAUUUUGUUGAAUUAUUUUUCCAUUGCAGAGAAGCGGCAGAUUUGAGAGGAAAAAAAAUGUUACAGUAUUCAUUGAUUGUAUAUUAUUUCAUCAUUGUAAAUUUUUAUUCAUGCAAUUCUCUCAUACCACUAGGUAUUCCAUCAUUCGUGACGAAAAAUAUGAUCAGUUUCAGGAAACGAUUCAACGAUUGGAUAUUCCGUAAGAAAUGCGGCAUGAUCACACAAUCCAACCCAAGUAUGGCCAGCAGCUGCUGGAAAGCCGACCGUCAUCAUGAUACCAUGGCAAAAAUUCAAGCUCAACAGAUUCGCACGGCACCAGAAUAACCAGUUGUAACGCAAAAUCCCAUUGACUGAAACAAGUUCUCUCGUUGCAACGGAGUAGAACAGAAACAGGCUCACACAAAUGCAUAAAAUAGGUAGUCAUUUGCAUUGAGACGGUUCAACUGACAAUUAGUAUGAGAUUGAGUGUGGAAUUCGGAAUACACAACAUGGAACGUCUAACAAUUUCAUACACCGCUCUAGUGGCUAUCAGUGUAAUUUUCCAUCAAUUUUUACCGUGCACAGCCUUUCCAGAGGUCGCAGCAGUUCAACAGGAGAUUGACUUGGGCAGUAGAUUCGAUAUCAAUGAACCGAUUGCAAACCAGGGCUUGAGUGAAAACACUAGUCAGGAAUUGAAAAAAUGCGGCGUACCAAAUCAGACGGGUUUGAAUAAAUUUGGAUUGGAGUUUUUGUCCUCAUCACAUUCCAAAGCAGGUGAAUUUGCAUGGACCGUCGCACUGCUUCGAAAAUUAAAUCACAGUUCGCGGAAAGAGACUCUAUUGUACAGUGGAGCUGGCUCUUUAAUUCAUCCAUCGGUCGUGCUGACUGCGGCCAAUAAGCAUCAUACAACUGCAAUGGACCUCAUACGAGCUGGUGAAUGGGAUUUUGGUGCCAUCAACGAAGAGCAUCCAUAUCAAGAUCGAACCAUUGCUGAUGUUAUUAAUAUCGACGAAACGGAUCCAGAUUCGGUGCAGUUGAUUUUUGUGACUGAACCAUUCGUGCUCUCGCUAAACAUUCGAACGGUGUGUUUGCCAUUGCCUGGAACAUCUCCCGAAUUGGCGGACACACGUGAAUGUACCACAGCUGCAUGGGGUCAACAGAAUUGUAGCGGUUUGAAAGGAUUGCAUUCAAUUUUGGGCCGCACUGAACUAUCGACCGAUACACAUCGCUCGGUGUGCGAACUCGAUUGGCAACAGUAUCUCGAGGACACAACAUUCCGAUUGAAAACCAAUCAAUUUUGUACCAAACGAAUGCAUACCAUUGAUGAUUCAUGUUUUUGUGAUCAUGGUGCGGCGCUCUUUUGUGCAACUCAACCCAGCGGUGAGCUGAAGCGUUACGAACAAAUUGGUAUCUCCAUAGCAACCGGUGGUUGCACAAAGGAUUUGCCAGGCAUUUUCUCGAGCGUGUCUGAGCAAAAGGCGUCAAUCGAUGGAAUUUUCGCACAAAAAGGCUUGGAUUCAGCAUACUACACGGCAUAAACAAUGCACGAUAUAAUUUCCAAACAAAGUCGCCGCUUCUUUUGAAAUCUCAUUUGUGGCACAUUUCAAUAGGAUUAGCUUAAUUCUAGCACAUUAUUAUGAAUAACCCAGUACAAUUUGAAUGAAAUCUUUCGCAUAUUUUUUCGUUAAAUGACAAGAAACAGAUUUAAAUCAGAGAGAGAGAGGGGAGUUUGUGCGCUCUCAAGCCAUAAUCAUAUUUCAUCAAGUUUAUCGUGAGAUUAUGAGAAAUCAUGAAUCCGGAGCCGCUUUGGCCCAUCAACAGAAAACAAGAUAGGGAAACAUGGAGAAAAUUGUACUCUGCGGCAGAAAUAGCAUCACAUUCAUGUGGCAUUUUCUCACAUUUUAUUUGAUUUAAUAUUCAUGCAAUAAAUUUUUGCUUUUUCCGCUGGAAAAAACGGGUCCGUAUUUUGAAUAAAUUUUGGCUUGAAUUAAACUGCAGAAAAAGGGAAGUGCUUGAAUAAAACAUUUUGGUUGACGGUUGAAAAUUUCAACAAAUAGAUGAUGGAAGAGCCGAAAAAAGGGAUAUCAAUGAAUAUUUUAUUCCGAUAAGAUGCCUAUUCGUAAUUAAAGUUCAUUAAAGUUAAGCCCAAAAACUUUGCAAUAAAUUCAUUAAAGUGAAAAAA